AUGGUUGACCCAUCCGUGCCCGUCCCCACAACGUCUCGGGAAUGGCAUAUUGAGAUUAGCCGUUCGGGACUAAGCACCCAAACCAUCCAUGAUAUCCAGUUGAAGUCCGCCUCCCGUGGUUCCAGGGAACAGUUUUUAUUGCUCCGAGUGCUUUGGCAAACCCAUAUCCCUUCAGAUUUUCUGAAGUUCUUCGACUUGGAACCAUGGCUGCUAGCUGCCAAAGAGAAAUUGGAAACUCUUUCCUCAUGGAAGAAAUACUGCCAAAGCUUCACGGGCCCGAUCCCCGAGGGAACCUUUGCACCAGCCCGUCAUUAUCAAUUAGAAGUUUCUAAAACAGAACAACAUGAUAUUGAAAUUGGUGUUCUUUUCAGUCCCAAAGUUCACAGAACUCGUUCGAAAGUGCAAGCCGAACAGCUUCCGAUCCGCCAACCGGACUUUACAAUCACAACCCCUCCGAGGGCGCCCAACCAAGUAUUUGAAACACCCCAUAUCGAUGACGACGAGGCAGAUUCCAGUCCCCUAGGUCCCUCGUCGUCGCCUCCAUCUCACUGGAGCACUAUUGCCCUCGAGAACCAGUUCAUGUAUCCCCCAACAAAAGAUGAGCAGAUUGUCAAUACAGCUCUCCUGGACUUUCUUAACGCCCUUACACUUCACUUCAAUCUGAAUGUCAUUUGGUCUUUGCAUCGCAUGCCGCUAAUAGCAGAAUUUGCCAAUUCAAAAUUUGAAGCAAGGGUUGACGGGUACCUUGCCGAUCGCAGUGGUGAUAUUAAAGCUAUCAUAGAAGUUAAGUCGGCGCUCAGACAAUCAAAGGAGCCGCAAAUUCGCAUACAAGAGAGCCACCAGAUUGUGGCUGGCUUAUUGUCAGACGUCAAAUCAUCGAUUUCUGCACGUCGGAAUAAACCUCGCAUCAUUAUAUCACAAGAUAGGCAGGAGAUCUAUAUUUCGGUCGCCGAGUACAACGCUGGUUAUAUCAAUUAUCUUGAGACAGGGGAUGUCCGCAACGAUCCCUUCAUGGUAAUGCAUCAAUUUGGUCCCUGGAACAUUAAUAGCGCCACUGCUAUGGCCGACGUAGGACCAAUUCUUCUAGCGAUCAGCAUCAAAGCUGAGUGUUACUAG